AUGCGAGAGACAUCCAUAUGGCGGGACGCGUCUCCCUUCCACUUUGCUCCCGACUUGCCAAUCUUGACCUCGAAAACACCUCUGACCUUCGAGACCAAAGACACACACCUACCCGCGCUCUCGUUGCUGCGACCCGCCGUCUUCGAAGCCGAGUCUGGACGAGCUCCCCGCCAACAGCCUGGCCGUCUCUGUUUGAUCUACAACCAAGCUACCUACUGUCCCGACGCUGCCCACGACUGCACUGACUGCCCCCGGUCAAACCCCCGCCCCUCCCUCGCUGUCAACCUAGUCUCGAAGGGACUGCCCCGAUCGACCUGGGAGAGGGAGGACAUUGCACAAACCAUGGCAGACAGGGAGUAUCAUGACGACGGCGAGGGCUCUCUGGACCCGGAGCUGCUCUACUCCAAGGAGUACUGCAUCGGUACGUCAGCACACAACACCGCUGGUCUUGCCGCCGGCAAGCACAGCUCGCUAACGGCCCAUGCCGACAUGCAGGUGGAGGAAGCUUUGGCAAGGUCUACAAAGGCCAUAAAGAUCAUCGACAUCGAGAGCGCCGAGGACGAGGUCGAGGACAUCAUACAGGAGAUCGCCAUCCUCUCCGAGCUGCAGUCGCCCUACGUCACAAAGUACUACGGGUCCUACGCCAAGGGCGCCGAGCUAUGGAUCGUCAUGGAGUUCUGCUCGGGCGGCAGCUGCGCCGACCUGAUGAAGCCGGGCCUCAUCGGCGAGGACUACAUUGCGAUCAUCGUGCGGGAGCUCUUGCUGGGACUGGACUACCUGCACUCGGACAAGAAGCUGCACAGGGAUGUCAAAGCCGCAAACGUCCUCCUGAGCUCGAACGGUCAGGUCAAGCUCGCAGACUUUGGCGUCUCGGGACAGCUGUCGGCCACCAUGACCAAGAAGAACACCUUUGUCGGCACCCCCUUCUGGAUGGCGCCCGAAGUCAUCAAGCAGUCGGGCUACGACCACAAGGCCGACAUAUGGUCCCUCGGCAUCACCGCCCUCGAGCUGGCCAACGGCGAGCCGCCCUACGCCGACAUCCACCCCAUGAAGGUGCUCUUCCUCAUCCCCAAGAACCCGCCCCCGCGCCUCGAGGGCAACUUCACCAAGGCCUUCAAGGACUUCAUCGAGGUCUGCCUGCAGCGCGACCCUAGGGAGCGGCCGACGGCGCGCGACCUGCUCAAGCACCCCUUUGUCCGCCGCGCCAAGAAGACCACCUACCUGACGGAGCUUAUCGAGCGCCACAGCCGCUGGUGCGCCGCCCACCGCGGCGGCGAGGACGAGGAGGCCUACGACGACGAGCAGCACCUGGCCGGCGAGCGGGAGCCCGUCAACGAGGACAUGUGGGACUUUGGCACCGUGCGCCUCGUCGGCGACCGCGGCAACCUGGUGCACCGGCCCGGGCUCAACGCCAUGGACGAGUCGGCGACCAACGCGAGGUCGGGCGAGGCGGCGGCGGCGGCGAGGAGGGACCCGAGCGCGACGAGCCCGACCAAGACGGCGGCCUUUGAGCGGGACAGGGACACGCUCAAGGCCUCCAACGCCGCCGGCACCUCGAGGCAGACGAGCCCGCAGAGGAAACCGGUGCCCGGCAUGGCGGCGGCGCAGUCGCCCGCCAAGGUGCCGCUGCCGUCCUCGCCGGCCAGGAACCACGGCACGGCGGCAGCGGCGGCGGCGGCGGCGAGGGACCCAGAGACGCCCCGGCCGCCGCCCCAGUUCCACAGGCUCGUGCCCGAGAGCCCCGCCGGCCAGUCGUCGCCGGACUACGACCGCGUGCUGCAGGAGCAGCUGCAGCGGGACAUGGGCCACCUCAACCUGGCGCCGGCGAUACAGUCUAGCCCGCAGCAGCAGCAGCAGCAGCAGCAGCACCAGCUCGUGUCCAAGAGCUCGCGGCAGAGCAUGCAGGGCUCACAACAGCAGCAGCGAUCGACGUCCAGGACGGGCGCCAUGAAACUACCCGAGAUCCCGCCCUACCGCGGACCCCAGCCGUCGCAACAGCAGCAGCAGCCGCUGCAGAAACUCAGCUCCCAGCAGGUCCCGUCCCUGCAACCGCAGUCCCGACAGCCGCUACAGCAGCAACAACAGCAGCGGCCCGUGCCGACGCAGCAGCAGUUGUCGAACCAGAACAUCAACCCCCUCACAUCCAAAGAGGUGCCCCGCGGUCCCUUGCCGGCGGCGGCACCGCCGCUGUCGUCUGCGUCUUCCUCCUCCUCGCACGCGGGGACGCCCGAACUAGGCUCUACGGCGACGGCGGCGGCGGCGGCAUCCACGCCGCCGCUGUCGUUCCCCUCGCCGGCGCCGGCGAACCCCAACGGCGAGCUCGACGCCCUCAACGACGUCAUCUUCCCCGCCCUCGAGGAGGCGCUUAAGAGGCGGCAGAUCCGGCUCGGUGGUGGCGGUGGCGGCGGGACAGAAGAGCAGCAAGGGCCGGCGCCGGCGCCGACGCCGCGGCAGCAGAGGGCCGAGGCGGCGCACGAGAAGAUCCGGCGGCUGGUGUACAAGCUCGCGCACGUGUGCAAGGAGAUUGACCACUACGACAAGGCGGAGCCCGUGGGCAUGGGCAAGGACGUCGGCACGUUCCUCGAGGGCCUGCUCGAGGAGAUUCUGGUCAGGGUCGAGCCGCUUGACGAGGAUGAGGUCUGA